UGAUAGAGGAUGUUUUUGAGAGGCAUGGUGCUACAGCCUUGGAUACUCUGGUAUUUGAACUAAGAGAGAUUUUUACAAAAAAAUAUGGGGAAGAAGUUGAUAUUUGAUUUUGCUGACCAGGUUUUGUGACGGUCUAAUUGGUUGUCAGGGUGGGGAGCUCGGUCACUUGACUGUUCCUUUUGCUAGAUUUGUGGCUAUGAAUGGCAUAACAUCCUUCAAAAGGGUAUCAAAUAGCAAAGAAUGGGGUCAGAUUCUGUCCGAAUUACUGGAUGAACUGGAAAUCGGAAAAUAUGAGAGCAUUUUGAAAAGAUAUGGUGAGGGUGGCGAGAUUGUCACUUUAAAUAAGGUUACUGCAGUUUUUGGUUUUUCUGGCAAGGAUCAUAUUGUGAAGAUCAGCUUUCCAAGUCUUCUUCGGGAUCCUCUUCUUCAGGAUCUUCUUCGGGAUCUUCCUCUGGGUCUUCUUCGGGAUCUUCUUCAGGGUUUUCUUCAGGAUCUUCUUCGGGAUCAUCCUCUGGGUCUUCUUCGGGAUCUUCUUCGGGGUUUUCUUCGGGAUCUUCUUCAGGGUUUUCUUCGGGAUCUUCUUCUUUGGGAUCUGGGUCUUCUUCAGGAUCUUCCUCUGGGUCUUCCUCUGGGUCUUCUUCAGGAUCUUCCUCUGGGUCUUCUUCGGGAUCUUCUUCAGGGUCUUCUUUAGGAUUCACUUCUUUGGGAUCUUCUUCUGGGUCUUCUUCAGGAUCUUCCUCUGGGUCUUCUUCGGGAUCUUCCUCUGGGUCUUCUUCAGGAUCUUCCUUUGGGUCUUCUUCAGGAUCUUCCUCUGGGUCUUCUUCAGGAUCUUCCUCUUCUUCGGGAUCUUUUACUGGGCCCUCUUCGGGAUCUUCUUUUGGGUCUUCUUCUUCAGAAUCCUCUUCUUCUGGGUCUUCUUCUUCGGAAUCCUCUUCCCAUUUCAUAGCAAAUGAAUGAUUCAACAACAUCUGAGCAGAAGGUCUCUGAUUGGGGUCUCUGGUGAAGCACUCAAGUAAAAAAUCUUGAGCAGUGAAAGUAAGGUAAGAUGGUAGAGAAGGUGUUUCAGUAGAAAUCUUACUGAACAGCUCUUCCUGUCCCAAAUUCACAUCCCAUGGUGGACUUCCAGUCAACAUCUCAAGAACAACACACCCAAGAGCCCAAAUGUCAGAGGCUUGGUCUUGAGUUUCUUCGCACACACUCUCUGGAGACAGAUACAACGAAGUACCUCUCACUCGUUUCUCUUUCUCAAAAUCAUCAUUAAUUCCCUUAGAUAGACCAAAAUCAGCAAUCUUGGCAACCAAACCAUCCACACCAUGAGGAUUAUCAUCAUCACAAUGAACCAUCAAAAUGUUGGAUGGUUUUAUAUCGCAGUGGACAAAACCCUUAUGGUGUAUCAACUCCAAUCCUUUAAGAAUAGAGCGAGUGUGUACUCUUGCUUGAGACUCAAGCAACCCAGCCUUUGUUUUCUCGAUCAAACCACUCAAUGAUCCACCCAAAGCAUUCUCCAAAAACAGGUUAUAAAUGAUUCCGCCAUAGCUUCCAUCAUGUUCUUCAGAAAAGGUAUGAUCGUGGCCGUAGUACUUGAGGAUGUGAGGACUUGACCCCAAAGCCGUAUAAACAACCUUUUCCAUUAUGAGGUCGGCAUAAGAAGAACCUUGAUGAGCAGAUUUUACAGCCAAAAGUGACGGGAAGUCUUUAAAUUGUGGUGGUCUAGAACGAGAUUUGCCAGGGAUAAUCGCUUCGGAAACAGAGCCAUAACCUCCAACUCCCAACAAUUUACCCCUCAUCCAUCCCCAUUCUUCAUCUCUUCUAUAAAUGCUUCUUUGUUUCUUUCCUAACGAACUCUUUUCUUCUUCUUCUUCUCUUCCUCUCUUCUUCAUAAUCAUUUUCUAUAAUUCACUGUUUAUAGAACACUGACGUUAUUAUUUUUUCUUCUUAUCAGCUACAGUAAUAAGUUUAUAAGUUUAUAUAUAUAGUUAGACCACUAUCCUAAGUAGAAGAGGAAACCUACCAUUUA